AUGGCUGCUGCUCUUCUUAACAACUCGGCCCGCGUUGCCCUUCGUUCGGGUGUUUCGGCUACCUCCAAGGCCGGCGCUGCGGGCUUGACCUUCGCCCGCGGCAAGGCCACUCUUCCCGAUCUCUCCUACGACUACGGUGCUCUGGAGCCCUCCAUCUCCGGUAAGAUCAUGGAGAUUCACCACAAGAACCACCACAACACCUACGUCACCAACUACAACAACUCCAUUGAGCAGCUCCAGGAAGCCCAGCACCAGGGCAACAUUGCCGCCCAGAUCGCUCUCAAGCCCGCCAUCAACUUCAACGGCGGUGCGCUGGUGGUGGUGAGCCCCCCCUCUGGUGCCCUCUCCAAGGCCAUUGACACCACCUACGGUGGCCUCGGCGAGUUCCAGUCCAAGAUGAACGCCGCUCUUGCCAGCAUCCAGGGCAGCGGUUGGGCUUGGCUCGUCAAGGACAAGCAGACUGGCCAGAUCAGCAUCCGCACCUACGCUAACCAGGACCCCGUUGUCGGUCAGUUCGAGCCUUUGCUCGGUAUUGACGCUUGGGAGCACGCCUACUACCUCCAAUACCAGAACCGCAAGGUCGAGUACUUCUCUGCCAUCUGGGACAUCAUCAACUGGAAGACCGUUGAGAAGCGCUUUGCUUAA